AUGGCCUGCUCUCGGCAGGGCCCUGUCCGUAUCAGCCCCGACGGCGAUGGCCGCGAUGCUUCGGGGCCGGGCGUAACCGGGCUGAGCUCCUCGAGAGUCCCCCGUGACGCGGCGGCUGGAGACGAAGACUGCGUCACCGGCCCCAUUGACUGCCCGGUGGACCGGUUCCUCUGGGGCCGACGGCAGAUCUAUAAAAGGCCCGGCGUGGCGGGCGAGAGAGAGCAGACCGGGAGGACCUCCUCGUCUGGCGGGGGUCCGCUCCGGCCCCUCAAAAUGGCCCCGCAGCUCCUUUGCCUCCUGCUCUCCUGGGCCGUCACCGUGUCGGCCAACGUCUUCGAGUACCAAGCCGACUCUCAGCCGCUGCGCCCGUGCGAACUGCUGCGGGAGAAGGCCUUCCGGGAGAGCCGCGAUUACGUUCCUCAGUGCUUAGAGAACGGCCAGUUCCGAACCAUGCAGUGCGGCGGGAAGCGGCAGUCGUGCUGGUGCGUCGAUGCCGAAGGAGCCGAGGUGCCCGGCAGUAAGCGGGCUGGAGGCCCCGACGUCUGUCUGUCCUUCUGCCAGCUCCAGAAACAACAGAUCCUGCUCAGCAGCUACCUCAACAGCACAACCACCCACUACCUGCCCCGCUGCCGUGACUCGGGCGACUUUGAGCCCGUGCAGUGUGACGUGGGGCAGGGGCAGUGCUGGUGUGUGGACGCCGAAGGGAUGGAGGUUUACGGGACCCGCCAACCCGGUAGACCGGCUCAGUGUCCCGGCAGCUGCGAGAUCCGCGGUCGCCGCGUUCUCCACGGAGUCGGGGAGAGGUCGCCGCCUCAGUGCUCAGCAGAUGGACAGUUCUCUCCCGUCCAGUGCAAAUUUGUCAACACGACAGACACGAUGGUCUUCGACCUCGUUCACAGCUACGGCAGGUCCCCAGAUGCGUUCCUGUCUUUCAGUGUCUUCAGGAGAAGGUUCCCAGAGGUCUCUGCUUACUGUCACUGUGUCGACAGUUUGGGCAGGGAACUGGCAGAAACUGGCCUGGAAUUGUUGCUGGAUGAAAUUUAUGACACGAUUUUUGCCAGUCUUGACCCCACCUACAGCUUCUCUGAAACCCCCCUGUACCGGAUCCUGCAGAGGAGGUUUCUGGGAGUGCAGCUGGCCCUCACGGGCCAAUUCCGAUGUCCUUCACAGUGUGAGGUGGAGAGACUUGCUGCCACUACCUAUGGGCAUGCCUACGUGCCAUCCUGCGAUGCAGGCGGGGCAUACCGGCGGGUGCAAUGCCAACGGGAAGGCCCGUGCUGGUGUGUGGAUGCCAACGGGCGGGAGAUCUAUGCAACUCGGAGCCAGGGGCAGCGCCCAACCUGUGGCUCAGAGAGGCUGUGUGUUUCCGAGAGGCGGAGGGCUCUGUCCAGACUUCUCUUCGGAUCCUCGGGCCAACGUGUCCUGACCUUUGGUCUGGAAGAACGUGGGCAGCCCCAGGAGGAUGCCCGCUCGGCCGGGUCCUGCCCUCUGACCUUUGAGGAGCUGCUGAUGGGCUCAGAGCUGCUUCCUGACCCCGACUCCGAGCAGAGGCCCGUCCCUGAGCCCGAGCGGCGGUCCGACCCCAGGCAGCGUCCCGCCUGGCAGACCAUCCUCAGCGAGUUGGUGAGGGGGCUGUUCCCCACCCGGGAGCUGGCCCUCACCGCCCUCCGACUGGCCCGUGGCCCACAGCGGCUCCAGCAGGACCUAUUCGGGGGGAUGUUCCUGACCCAGCUGGGGCGCCAGAACCUGUCGGGCGCAGUGGGUCCCCGGAGCACGGUGGACCUCAGCCGGUUCUUCCGGCCUCAGGGGGCACAGGGACCGGCCAGCCUGCUGCCUGACGGGGACAACGUGGAACGUCUGGACACCCUGCUGGCCCACCCGGACUUCCCGCCCUUCCUGCGGCUCGUGGCGGCCGUGCCCACCCCGCUUGCCCGGGACCUCGGCGAGGCGGUCCACACGGUCCUUGAGGCCCAAGGCUGCGGCCCACGCCCUGAGUCCCCGUUCAUCCCGGCCUGCUCGACGGACGGGGGCUUAGAGAAGGCUCAGUGCUCGGCCGGCUGGUGCUCUUGUACGGAUGACCUGGAGGCCCCCCGCUUCCCAGGUCGGCGCCCCCGCUGCCCCACCGAGUGCGAGAAGCAGAGGGCAGCGGGGCAGCGCGGGCUGGCUGCCCAGCCGGCGGGGUCCCGCCCCUUCAUCCCCGCAUGUGCCGACGACGGAAGCUUCCUGCCGGUCCAGUGCUCCGACGACAGCUGUUUCUGCGUGGACGCCGAUGGCCUGGCCAUCCCGGGGACCCACCGCGCUGUGGGGGACGUUGUGUCAUGCCCCAGUUCCUGCCAGCUGUCCGCCGGGCAGGCCCUCCUGCAGACGGCGCGGUCCCUGCUCUCCGACUCUGGCCCCCAACCACCACUGUCCAGCCUCUACAUCCCCCAGUGCCAGGAGGAUGGGCGCUGGAGCCAGGUGCAGUGCAGUGGGCCCCCCGCGCCCGCCCUGGAGUGGUAUCAGCGCUGGGUGGCACUGAGCCCCAGGGGCCCGACCCCAGCCCCUGCCAUGCUGAUCCAAGAGCUCCGGGACUACAGAGACACGGCCUCCACCGGCUUCGAGCCAUUCGUCCGGCGCCUGUUCGAGGAAGGCCGGCAGGGCGUCUUCCCCGGGCUGGCCGGCUACGCGUCGUUCCGGGACGUGCCUUCCGAGUUCCUAGAGGGCCGCGGGGAGGCCACCGGGGCCAGCGUCUGGCUGGAGCCCUUCCCUUUCUGGCAGCUGCUGACCGGCCAGCUCCGCCGAUACCCCGGGCCUUACUCCGACUUCAGCUCUCCGCCGGGCUCCCUGGAAGGACGCAGCUGCUGGUGUGUGUCUGAGGAUGGAGAGGAGCUGGCUGGAACGCGGGCCGAGAGGAACGAGGUCCCUGUGUGCCCCGGGGCUUGUGAAGAGGCAAGACGGCAAGUCCUGGAGUUCUUGGAAGAAGCAGAAGACAGCAUCCUGGCCUCCAACUUCUCCCAUUCCCCACUGGGCGAGAGAUUUCUCCUGGCCCACGGAAUUCUCCUGACCAGUGACGACCUCUUCCCUCUUCGUCCUGGCCCUCCUGAGACGCGACUCGCCUAUGCCCUCCGGAUUGGGAGCGAGUCUUCCCUGGCCCUGGCUGUGCAGUCGACUUUGCAAUUUUACCAGAGGGCAUCUCUGACCUCAGGAGGGUCAGCGGGAGAAGCAGCCAGCUUGAGAUUCCGGUUGUACGUGCCUCAGUGUGAUGGUCUGGGAAACUGGGAGCCGCUGCAGUGCCAUGGGACAACUGGACACUGCUGGUGUGUGGACAGGCGCGGACACUACAUCACAGACUCUCUGGCCACACGCGAUGCUCCACUCCCACAGUGCCCGACUCCGUGCGAGGCGUCUCGCACCAACGCGCUGGUUUCUGGCUGGAAGGAGAGCGGCUCUGAGGUCAAGGCAACCCCGGAGUCCUUGUUCACCCCAACCUGCCUGCAGACGGGAGAGUAUGCCAGACUCCAGAGAUCAGAGUCGGGGGCCUGGUGCUUGGAUCCGGCCACGGGGGAGGCCGGGCUGGCCGGCGGCGGGAGUUCAAACAGCAGCCUCCACUGCCCAAGUCCCUGCUCCCGGGCCGCCGGAGAGCCGGGCAUCACAGACAGCCCCACGUGUGAGGAGAGUUCAGGGGAACCCCUGGCUGCCCAGUGCGACCGGGAUCAGGAGACCUGCUGGUGCCUGGCAGAGAAUGGGCAGGAACUGCCCGGGACCCGGGUGGCCGGAAGGCAACCGUCGUGCCACCGUCCCCUGUGCCCGCUGCCUUUCGAUGCCCCAGAAGUGGCCGGAGGAGCAGUGCUGUGUGAGGCGAUGACUAACCCAAGCCAGAAAAUCCAGCAAUGCCGCCUGGAGUGCUUCCGGGGCUACCGCAGGGCCGUGGCCGGCGUCGACUUCACGUGCAAUCCGGUGACCAGGCGGUGGCUUUCUGCACCUCCGCUGCCCCAGGCGUGCCAGAAGCUGCGGCCGGCGCAGACCGUCCAACUCCAGGCUCAGCUGCAACUGCUGCUCCCCCCCGAGAAGAUGUGCAGCGCCGACUACUCGGGCCUGCUCCGGGCCUUCCAAAUCUUCAUGGAGGACGCGCUGAGGGCCCGGGACUUCUGCCGCGUUCAGGUGGAUGGUCUGAGGAGUCCAGUGUCGUUUCCUGUCUGCGAUGAGUCCACGGUGCGGGUGGAGUGUCUGACCGCCGAGCGCUUGGGCGUGAACCUCACUUGGGUGGCCCCUCUGGCCUCCAUCCCAGCAGCCUCCCUUCCUUAUCUGCAUGACAUCGAGAACGCUCUUCUUGGCCAGAACUUCAUGGGGCGUUUUGUGGCCCUGAUUGAGAGCGGAAACUUCCUCCUCCUCCUGGAUUCCAAGGCAUUCCCGGCAGACACCACCGUGCGCUUCCCCCAAAGAGGCGGGGGCCCGGACACUGCCCCGAGCGUGCAGCUGGGCUGCCGGAGGGGCUUCGUGAGGACCUCGGCUCCCGACCGGACCGGCCUGGAGUCCCCGGGUUGCGUUGUUUGUCCUGCAGGAAGCUAUUCUCAGGAGGAAGACUGCAUUCCCUGCCCAACAGGAUUUUACCAAGAGCAGGCAGGCAGCAGCGCCUGUGUCCAAUGUCCCAACGGCAAAACGACCGUUUCGGUGGGAGCCUUCAGGAGAACUCACUGUGUCACCGAUUGUCAGAAGAACCAACAGGGCUUCCAGUGUGACGGCGAUGGCCAAUACAGCCCUCGGCAAGAACAGGCCGGCCGGCCGUGGUCUUUCUGCGUGGACCAUCUGGGCAGGACACUGGGCUGGACAGUGACGCCGGGUGUGGUGACGGAGGCCCAGUGCCUAGUGCUGCGGAAAUUUGAGAACGUCCCCGGGUCCAAAUUGAUCAUUGGCUCAGAAGACGCAGUGAUUCUCCGCUCUCAAAGCGUCACUGUGGAAUCCCCACCGUUUCAGUGCAUAGCAGACUGUGCAGCUGAUGAGAAGUGCGGGUUCGUGGCCUUGGUACCCGAGCACUCCCAGGUCCGCUGUGAUCUCUACGCUGGUUCCGAUGACAACUUCGAUUGCCUGGCUACUGAGCAGGAGCAAAGUAUCCUGGGAAACUCUGCUAUCAGCAGCUUUGGGCGUCUGAGCUGCCGGCUCCGAGUGAGUAGCAGCGAUAGGGAGGCCGUGACCGUGUACCUCAAAAAAGGCCAGGAAUUCACCACCACGGGACGCAAAACCUUUGAGAGGACGGAUUUCCGGAGCACCCUCUCGGGGCUCUACAGCUCGGUGGGGUUCUCAGCCGCGGGGGCCAACCUGACGGACGUCCACCUCUUCUGCCACCAGGCCUGUGGCCGGACUCCCUGCUGUGAUGGCUUCAUCCUCUCCCAGAGCCGGCUCCGUGGGGGGAUGAUCAUCUGUGGGCUCCUGAGCUCCCCGGAUGUCCUGCUGUGCCAUUCCAGUGACCGGAGACCCUUCUCCCCAUCCCAAGCUGCAGAGGCCGCGCUCUGUGGUGAGCUGAAGUCUGACCCGUCCAAGAGCCAGUUCAUCCUGAGCCUGGCAGGGCAAGACUUUGCAAGUUCUGAGCCUCUAGAGGAAGCUCAGGGAGCUGUCUCUACUUUCCAGCAGGUCUACCUCUGGAGAGAUUCGGACGCGGCAGCCCGAGGCCCAGCAGCCGAGUGCGAGGCCGGCCGGCUCCAGGGGCCGGACACGCCCACGCUCACAGAGCCAGCGGCCGAACUCUUCUCCCCGCUAGACGCCUCUCAGGUCGUCGUGGACGAGUCCCGCCCCUUGCCCAGCUGGGAGUACCGGCUCCUCGCUCCUCGGUUUUCAGCCCAGAGGCAGGCAGAGCUCUGGUGCCUCUCACAGUGUGCCGAGGAAGAUGGGUUCUGCCGGCUGGCAGUGCUGCAGGAUUCAGCUGGCACGGCCCCCUUCACCUGCGUCCUCUACCCGGAGGCCCGGACUUGCGGCCCUCUUGACGGACUGACUGCUGGUAGCUGCCAAGUGGUCCUACCCCGCCGCCCACUCUCCCUCUUUCAGAGGAAAGUUGUCCUGGGAGAAAGGGUGAAGAACUUUUACACGCGCCUGCCCUUCCAGAAGCUGACGGGAGUUUCGGUGCAGAACCAUGUUUCCAUGAGCGGAAAGUCCAUUUCCGAGGGGUUUUUGGAGUGCGAGCAGCGCUGUGAUGCGGAUCCUUGCUGCCGGGGCUUUGGAUUUCUAAACGGCUCUCUCUCCAGAGGGGGAGAGGCGCAGUGCUUGACACUCAGCAACCUGGGGUUCCAGUCAUGCAGCGAGGAAGCCGGACCCUCCUGGCAAGUUUCAGAUUGCGGCGCUGUGCCCGCGGGGCUCGGAUCCUACCCCUUCGGCUGGUAUCAGAAGCCCGUGGUUUCGAUCCCGGUCCCCACCAUCUGCCCACCUGACCAACUAUCUCGCCUCCCACAGGAAGGUCCAGCGGGCACCUGGGAGUCCCUGGACAUUUCCUCAGUCGUCGUGGACCCCUCAAUCGAGAGUUUUGACGUUGCCCAUCUGAGCACUGGUGCUCCCGCAGAUUCGGCCAUCGCUAGGGACUUGUGCCUGUCAGAAUGCUCCAGGAACCCAUCCUGCAUGACCACCACCCUGGCCAUCCUCCCGGGCUCCAUCAGGUGUGUUUUCUACCCCGACACGCGCAGCUGCACGUACUCCCUGCAAGGCCCCCGCUGUCAGCUGCUGCUCAGGGAGCCGGCGGACGCUGUUUUCCGAAGACCAGGUGUGGCCACACCAGCGGAGAAUCCGGCUGCAGCCGUUGUGACCAUCGCCUCCCGGGGGACGCUGCAGGGGACAUUGCGGACCGUGCGAGUGGGCACAGCAUGGAGAGUAGUGCGCCAGUUCCUCGGGGUGCCCUACGCCGCACCCCCUCUGGCCCAGAACCGCUUCCGGCCCCCCGAGCCUUUCAACUGGACGGAGACCUGGGAUGCCACCAUUCCCCGGGCCAGCUGCUGGCUACCGGGAGACGAGCUAGCUCAAUCCAACGUCGUCAGCGAAGACUGCUUGUACCUCAACGUAUUUGCUCCUUCAGCUCUGGGUCCAAACACAUCGGUACUGGUGUUUUUCCACCACCCUGAGAGGGACAGCCAGAGGCAUGGACAGCUGGAUCUCGACGGGGCGUACCUGGCCGCCGUCGGCAAUCUCAUCGUGGUCACCGCCACUUAUCGGGCCGGAGUGUUCGGGUUCCUGAGCACAGGUUCCGGCGUGGCCAGAGGGAACUGGGGGCUCCAGGACCAGGUGGCUGCCCUGCAGUGGGUGCAGGACCACAUCGCCAACUUCGGCGGGGACCCAGGACGCGUGACCCUCGCGGCGGAUCGGGGCGGGGCCGACGUGGCCAGCGUCCACUUGCUCUGGCCCAGGCCGGCUGACUCCAGACUCUUCAGGCGGGCCAUCCUCAUGGGGGGCUCUGCCUUCUCGCCGGCCGCCGUGCUCAGUGAGAAGAGGGCUCAGGAGCAGGCCGCGGUCCUGGCCCGUGAAGUUGGCUGCCCGGCCUCCGGCGACGAGGCGAUGGUGUCUUGCUUCCGCCAGAAGCCAGCCAACAUCCUCAAUGAUGCACAGACCAAGCUCCUGGCGAUCAGCGGCCCAUUCCAGUACUGGGGGCCAGUCGUCGAUGGCGUCCACGUCCCGGAGCCCCCAGCUCGCGCCCUGCGGCGUGCCCCUCCGGCCAAGGUGGACCUCCUCAUUGGGAGCUCCCAGCAGGACGGUCUCAUCAGCAGGGCCCGGGCCAUCAAGAGAUUUGAAGAACGGCAAGGCAGAACCAGUAGCAAAACAGCCUUCUACCAGGCUCUUCAGAACUCCCUGGGCGGUGCUGACGCUGACCCUGGCAUUCAAGUCGCAGCCUCCUGGUACUACUCCCUGGAACAUUCCUCAGACGAUUACUCAUCCUUCUCCAGGGCCCUGGAAAACGCCACGCGUGAUUACUUUAUCACCUGCCCGACCGUCGCCAUGGCCCGCCACUGGGCCGCCACUGGACGAGGAAACAGCUUCAUGUAUCAUGUGCCUGACAGCUAUCUGCGGAGUGGCUCGGAGCUGCUGGCCGACGUCCAGCUUGCCUUCGGGCUACCGUGGUACCCACCCUUGGCACCGCGAUUCUCCCAGGGGGACAGGGUGGUGGCACUGGCCGUGAUGCAGUACAUCGCCAACUUUGUCAAAUCCGGAAACCCCAACACCCAGUACGACUUCUCCAGCAAGAUUCAGGGAGACCUUCCCCAGUGGGCCCCAUUCCUUCCUUCUGCCACGGGAGAGAACUACAAAGAGUUCAGUGCCCGGCUCCCUAACCUCAUUGGCCUGAAAAAGGCGGACUGUUCCUUCUGGCAAGACUACAUCCAAACCCUCCGAAGGUCUUCAGGCCAAGAGGAAGCUCCAGCGUUGGAGUCCACAGAGCCCCCGGCCCUCCCCGAGCAAGGGCAGAAGACAUACAGCAGAUGACCAGGGCCUGAUUUGGCUCCCAGGUCGUCGGUCACCGUGGCAGACUGGGUUGCGGGCACAUCCCAGGAUGGGAAGCUGGUUCCGCCCCUGCGAGCUGACGGUUCUGUUCGACUUGGACUCCUUCAACAAUUAAACAGUCC